AUGCCAGUCUCAAGACAUGAAAACAAGCCUCCGGCUUUGGCGUCUCAUGGGAAAAGCAACAAACCCUCAAAACCCCAAUUGAAAUGGGACCACGAAAUGGCCUACAAAGCUGGUAUAUUUUCUCGCAAAUAUCGUCAAUGCAAAACCAAGCCCAGAGGAGCCCAAGACCUCCAUGGUCAGGCAUUCCAGAGAGAAAAUCGCGUUCCCUUGCCGCCCAAUUGGAAAACAAAAUAUCCUCAGUACACUUAUACAGCGGGAGCACCAUUUAAGCCGUCACGCACAUCUGGAUUAAAUGUACAGAAUUGGUUGAUGGUUAGACUUGAAUCAGAGUGGGAAGGCCACAUGAUCACGGUUCACCCGCUUGAUUGGGAAGAAUUUGAGGCCAACGAAAAGGAUGGUCACAGGUUGCUCACAAGCGCCAUCAACUUCAUUCGGUAUUGGGAUCAAUAUAUCAAGGAUAAUCCCAAAGAUCUGAAGGACAUGGAUCAAAUUUUUGCAAGCUGGGUUGCCUCUUCAUGUACUGGUGAUAAUCCAUACCGCGCAAAACUCAAGGUGGGAGACCCGAGACUACUAGAUUACUCGCAUAGACGUCGACAAUUGCAAAGGAUGAAAGAGAAGAAAUGGCAACAUAUGCAGAGGACCAAAGAAAGGCAAGAGAAGUUUGAGAAGCUGUCAAUGAUUGACGAUCAAAUUAAAGAACUCACUCUUAGAGUCGGCCGACAUCGGUUUUCCUGA